AUGAAGGAGUGUGAAUGGAGAGUUGGUAUUCCUUUUAAUAUCCCACAAAGGUGGAAUUGCGAUGAAAUUGCAGAGCAAAACUUCACAAUGAACAAAGUCAUAGUGUACACACGAACCCACGUACGGAUACCUGCUAUCAAAUGUAGCAAUGUAACACGAACAGUAUGCACUAAAGUUUUUUUUAGAUUCUCAUUAUCUGUAAUCUCUGAUCAAACAGUUACUUCAGCUACAUCUUCACAUUUCUGUAGAAAUUUAGAUCGUCAAAAGAAAACUGACGGAGAGGAAUUGAUUCAAGUAUCACCUAAUAAAUGGAUUACAAAUAACGAAUUACAGUACUCCUAUGGUUGGUUAGGAGUUAAAUGUCAAUCAACCACUAACUUCAUAUUUAUAAAGGGCAAGAUAUUCCUUUACGACGGUAAGGGAUUACUAUCAGAUUUUGAUAAUGUUGAACGUUGUACUGCAAUCAGUGGGAAGUGUGUGACCAAUAAUGGUAUUGUCCUAUGGGAUGGAGAAGAAGUGGGAAAAUCAUGUCCGUACAGGAAAAUUGGUGAAUUUGAUGCCCAACUAUCCGGAAGUCAUGUGAUUAUAAACAAACUGCAGACCUCAUUCAUAUUUAAAGAAAACAGAACCAUCAUGAAUUCAAAUUGUAAUUUUAUCGAGCCAUACUUAAUGAACGGCGUUAUUAUCAUCGACAAAGGAACCAACAAUUUAACCAACAACUUACGAAAACAAAGGUCUGAUCCAGAGAGUGAGUUAAUUAUGAAGGAAGUGAGUGGAAGGGAAGAAACAGGAUUAAAUGAAUUUGAUCCAAGGAAUAUUAAAUAUCAAUACCUUUUCAACGUGUUGCAGAUAGAAUUUAGGAAACAAUUGAUUAAACUGUAUCAGAGAAGCUGCCAAAACAGAAACAAUUUAUUGUUAUUGAUCGAAUGGUUAUCGACUAUCAAUCCAACAUUGUUGCAAAGAAACGAUAUAAUAGCAAAACGAACUAAGGGAAAACUGUUAAUAGCUCCCUGUAGUAUCAAUGCCUCUGAAUGGAAAACUGUAGAUUUCAAAGCAGGUAUAGUGAGCAAAUUCGAAAUUGAGAAAAUUAAUACAGAUUUAGAAAUAUUAGCCCAAAAACUCGGAAUAACGAAUCCAGUACAUGGUCUAACACGAGAGGAAUCUUUACGGGAGCUAAUAGUUGAACAAGGGGAAGAACUGGUAAAUCAACUAGAGACCCAAUUCGAUGAAACCACUGAAUUAAUGGAACAAGAAUUAUCAGAAAUUAUGAAACGCUGGAAAUUGAUCACCUUUGGUAUAAUUGUUUUUGUAAUAUUAAUCAUGAUAAUUGUUAUCAAACUAAAAUUUGAAUUAAUUCAAUCUCUUUAUCGUUCCUUUUGUAUUAGAACCUCAAAUCGAAGGGUAGACAAUUCUAUGGAACUUGUACGGGUUCCUACACCCAAAUUAGAGGAUCAAAACCCACCCAACACCAUUCAAUACCUUCCCAUUGUUCUUUCUGUAAAUAGUUUUCAUCCCGUUUCCUCGGGAAUGUCGGGAAACCGAAAGGAAAUUAAUUCAAUUUUAUAA